AUGGCAUCUCCACUGGAGCAGGCGCUGGCAGUGAUGGUCGCCACCUUCCACAAGUACUCGGGGAAGGAGGGGGACAAGUACAAGCUCAACAGGCAGGAGCUCAGGGAGAUGCUCACAGCGGAGCUGCCCAGCUUCAGCGGACAAACCAGUGAGACCAGUUUACAGCAGCUCAUGAACAGCCUGGACUACAACAGCGACAACGAGGUGGAUUUCCAAGAGUACGCGACCUUCCUGGCCUGCAUGUCCAUGAUGUGCAACGACUUCUUCCAGGACUACCCCGAGAAGAUGCCGCGCAAGAAGUGA